AUGAACGGCGCUUAUAUAGGUUUGACCCUGUUCGUCUUUACCAUCUGGUCCAUUAUUGCAGUAUAUCUGCAGUUUCACACAGGAGACCGCGGAUAUCGCUGCAUUGGGUUUGGUCGGUGUCUUCAACUCCAUCAGUCCCGAUCAUGGCGGACGGCACUUGGAUUGCCGUUUCCUGUUCCAUUAACAUCAUAUUUGGCGUUGAACAAUACAUUUUGGUCAGUCGACUUGAAGCGUUAA